UCUCGCGAGAACAGUCGCCGCUUAGCGGAGACCUGAUAGGUAGGUCGUGGGUAUGGCCCGGCCUAAGUCGUCCGGGAGCCGGAUGGACAGACAACUGGAACACGAUGUGCGUGAGCUCGUCCGGCAGGUCACUGGCCUGCAGGAUGAGGCGGAUUCCAACUUCCAAAUGGCCCUGGACUUCGCCUGGUCCAACUUCAGAUUUCAUCGUUUCUUGGAUGUCAACAGUCACAAAGUAGAAAAAACAAUAGAAGGAAUUUAUGAGAAACUCACCAUCCAUUCUGAUCUCAGCAAAGCUGCUAGUUGGAAGAGAUUAACUAAGGAGUUUCUAAAUGUAGCUCUUCCCAGCACAGAGAAAAUAAAGACAGAUACACAUUAUUCCAUACUGUCACUCCUUCUGUGUCUGUCUGAUUCUCCUUCAAACAGCAAUUAUGUGGAAACACCGAGAGAGAAAGAAGUGGAAAAGAAGGAUGAUUUUGACUGGGGAAAAUACUUGAUGGAAGGUGAAGAAGUUGGCCUUGGUCCAGAUAUGGACACACCGAAUUGGUCUGAAGACAGUGACGAUGAAGAUACCCAGCAGCCCUUAAGCAGAGAAGACUCUGGGAUACAGGUAGACAGGACUCCAUUAGAAGAACAAGACCACAACAGAAAAGGAGGCCUUCAAGUCUGCUGGGAAGAUGAGCCAGAUAGCCGGAGCUGGCUGGAACAGCAUGUAGUCCAUCAGUACUGGACAACCAGGCGCUCCCGGAUUCCACACAGUUCACAUUUGCACUCCAAUUUAGCUGCUGUCUGGGACCAACACCUGUACAGCAGUGACCCGCUCUAUGUUCCAGAUGACAGGGUGGUAGUUACUGAGACACAGGUCAUUCGGGAAACCCUAUGGUUACUUUCAGGGGUAAAAAAGCUGUUUAUAUUUCAGUUGAUAGAUGGAAAGGUAACUGUGAGAGACAAUAUUAUCGUAACUCAUUUAACACACAGCUGUUUACGAUCUGUGCUGGAACAGAUAGCAGCAUAUGGCCAGGUUGUGUUUCGGCUCCAGGAGUUCAUCGAUGAAGUCAUGGGGCACAGCUCUGAAAGUCCAUCACCAGGAAAUGGUCCCAUACCUAAGAAGACACCUGACGCUCCUUUUAGGACCUACCAGGCGUUCAUGUGGGCCCUCUACAAAUACUUCAUUAACUUCAAGGAGGAGCUUACAGAGAUUGAGAAGAGUGUUAUCAGUAAUGAUACAACAAUAACACUUGCAAUAGUGGUGAACAAGUUGGCACCUCGAUUGGCGCAGCUAAAGGUCCUGGACAAAGUGUUUAGCACUGGAGUGGCAGAAGUUCCACCUGAUACUCGCAAUGUCGUCCGGGCGUCUCACCUGCUUAACACCCUGUACAAGGCCAUUCUUGAAUAUGACAAUGUUGGAGAAGCCUCUGAACAAACUGUCUCCCUCCUGUUCUCUCUCUGGGUGGAAACAGUGAGGCCCUACCUACAGACUGUAGAUGAAUGGAUCGUCCAUGGACACCUGUGGGAUGGUGCAAGGGAGUUUAUCAUACAGAGGAAUAAAAAUGUUCCGGUAAAUCACAGAGACUUCUGGUACGCAACAUACACACUCUAUAGCGUGUCAGAGAAGACGGAGAAUGAAGACAAAGUGAGUGACAGUGCCAGUGCCAGCUCUGGCAGUGACCAGGGGCCCUCCAGCCGACAGCACACCAUGGUGUCCUUCCUCAAGCCUGUCCUGAAGCAGAUCAUAAUGGCUGGCAAGUCAAUGCAACUGCUGAAGAACCUCAACUGUGCAGAGGGCUCUGCAUGUCAGGCAGCAGCCAGAGAUGCAGAAAGAAAAAGCUUAUAUACCCUCUUUCUGGAAUCUAUACAGUUACGUCUUCAGCAUGGAGAAGAUUCUACUACACACAUUCUUAAUGAAGAACAAGCAACCAAAGAAAACCUAAUAAAGAUGCAGUCCAUUGCUGAAAGGCACCUUGAGCUAGAUGACAUUCACGACCCACUGUUGGCCAUCAACUUUGCAAGGUUGUAUUUGGAGCAGAGUGACUUUCAUGAGAAGUUUGCUGGUGGUGACAUAUGUGUGGACAGAUCAUCAGAAUCUGUGACCUGCCAGACUUUUGAAUUAACGCUGAGGUCUUGCCUCUAUCCUCACAUUGAUAAACAGUAUCUACAUUGCUGUGGAAACCUCAUGCAGACCUUAAAGAGAGAUUUCAGGCUAGUGGAAUACUUGCAGGCCAUGAGGAAUUUUUUCUUGAUGGAAGGUGGAGACACCAUGUAUGACUUCUAUACUUCAAUUUUUGAUAAAAUAAGAGAAAAGGAAACCUGGCAAAAUGUGUCUUUUCUAAAUGUUCAGCUCCAAGAAGCAGUAGGACAACGCUAUCCUGAAGACAGUUUACGUUUAUCUAUAUCUUUUGAAAAUGUUGAUACAACUAAGAAGAAACUACCCGUUCAUAUCUUAGAUGGUCUUACCCUAAGCUACAAGGUCCCAUGGCCUGUGGACAUUGUUAUAAGUGUAGAAUGUCAAAAAAUCUAUAAUCAGGUGUUCCUUCUUCUACUGCAAAUAAAAUGGGCAAAAUACAGCCUGGAUGUUCUACUGUUUGGUGAACUGGCUAAUGCUGCUGAAAAAUCCCAAGCAAAGGAAGACGUUCUGCGUGACCAAGAUACACCCGCCCAGUUCGGACCACCAAAAGAGUCAUUAAGACAACAGAUUCAUCGAAUGUUUCUCUUAAGAGUGAAGCUCAUGCACUUUGUAAAUAGUUUACACAACUACAUCAUGACCAGGAUUCUUCACAGUACCGGGCUGGAGUUUCAGCAUCAAGUUGAGGAAGCCAAGGAUUUAGAUCAGUUGAUUAAAAUCCACUACAGGUAUUUGUCAACCAUCCAUGACCGAUGUCUGCUGAGAGAAAAGGUCAGCUUCGUGAAAGAAGCCAUUAUGAAAGUGUUGAACUUGGCGCUCAUGUUUGCAGAAGGUUGGCAGGCAGGCCUAGGGGCUUGGCAAAUGGAAUCUAUAGAGAAAAUGGAAUCUGACUUUAAAAACUGCCACAUGUUUCUGGUAACCAUUUUAAAUAAAGCUGUCUGUAGAGGAUCUUUUCCCCACCGUGAGUACAUCUUCUUACCUGUCAUAGCCUUCCAGUUUCAUUGUAACUGAGUGUGUGUGCCAACGUUUGUUAGUACUCACAUGGAGAGUGAGGCUUUUUCAUUUCAUAACUAGAAAAUACCGAGUCGUGAUUUAAUUGGUUCUGCAGAGUUAUGACAGGAUGGGUAAAUAUCGUAUGGGUAUCACUAAAACUAAAGAUCUCGCUGAGUCCUGUGCCUUUUAUUCCAGUGGAUUUCUAAAACUGAGAUGUAAUGGCUUGGAGAGCUGCUCUCUCGUUCUUGACUAUCAUAUGAGUCCUUAGUAACUAUGCCUUUAUAAAUGACACAAACUUUUAGAAAUUUUAGAACUUCCAAAACUGCCUCUCAUUACAAAAAAAUGUGGAUUUUUACAGUUCAGAACAUAGGGUGAGAAGGAGAUAAGAGGUUUGUGAAGUGAAUUAUUGAGGAGGUUUUUGUCUAGACUAAAUGGUAUCUCUGCCCAGUCCUCCUUUGAAUGUAAAGAAUAUAUAUAUAAUUUUUUCAAGCCAGGUGGUAGUGGUGGCUCACACCUUUAAUCCCAGCACUCAGGAGGGAGAGGCAGGUUGAGCUCUAAGUUCGAGACCAGCCUGGUCUACAGAGUGAGUUCCAGGAUAGCCAGGGCUACACAGAGAAAGUCUGUCUCAAAAAAAAAAAAAAAAAAACAAUAAAUAAAAUAA